UGGGUAUAUGUAAACAAGGUGUUUGUUUAUAUUCUUGAAAAAAUGACUCUGAUUAAAUUGAAUCCAUUGAUGCUUCUAGUAAUCUAGUGUAAGUUGUGUACUUGUGUGAAGUGUAUAUUACUAUAAUUGAGACUUGAGAUUAACUUGUCUGCCCAUUUAUUUGAUCCAGGGAAAUGGAUUCGUCAAAAAACAAAAAGAAAACGAAUGCUCCUAAUAUUGAGAUAAUACCAGAGAACGCACCAUAUAUGGAUGAUAGUCAUAUCACAGUUAGAAGCUUUGCGGAUGAAUCAUUUUCCGACGAAGAUGUUGAACAAGAAGAAGUCUCAAAAUUAUCAACGAAACGUAAAAGGGAUGUCCAAGAUGUGGCUGCAAAUGAAAAUAGGAAUUCGGAAGAACCUGAAAUUGGAAGCGAAAAAGAUGGGUCUGUACCGGUGCCGGAAACCAGUGACCAGCCUUUUCAGAAAAAACCUAAGAAGAAGACCUCGGGUGUUUGGGAGUAUAUGGAUACGGUUAAUGUUAAAGGUGUCGAAAGAUACAAGUGCACGCUCUGUUCUAAACUCUUUCUGAAAAGUAAGACUUCUUCAACUUCCUCAAUGAAAAGACAUCUUGAAAAAUGUGUGAAGGCACACAGUGGUACUCUGCAACCACAACUUCAAGUUCGACGAGGUCUUGGCGAUGAGGUACAAGUUUCUGCAUUUGUACUAGUAACAAGUGUAGUUAGAUGGCUGCAACUCAAAAGAUGCUCUUUUUUGGUGAUUAUUUUUGUUGAAAGGAACAUUGGAGUGUUGAAAGGAACAUUGCAAAGUCCUCUUCUCUGAUAUGCUGCUACUGGCUCAUCAAUGGCAUCAGUACUUUUUGUAUAAAUUAUCACGACCUAGUUUCUAGAAGUUCAAUAUGAUUGAAAUUAUUAAUGUAAUGAAAUGAGCCAGUGAUGCAAAUCAUGUAAUUUGUGAUAUGAUGUUUUGGAGUCUGGACUGUGGACUAAGGAUGUUUAUCAACUGUUAGCUAUUUCUUAUAUUGACAGGUUAUAUAUGAAUUUAUAAAAUCUGAUACUUGUUUUUACAAACGAGUUCGAGUUCGGGCUCGAGCCGGGUCGAGUCUCGGGUAUCGAGUCGAGUUCUAUUCGAGCUCGGCACAUACUCGGCUCGGCUCGUUUAUCAAAACGGGUACAAAAGUGUGCUCGAGCUCGACUCGUUUUACGGGAUCGAGCCGGGUCGAGCUUUACAAAACGAGUUCGAGCUCGAGCUGCUCGCGAGCAGCUCGUCUCAUAUUACAGCCCUAAA